AUGGGGUGGACUUGGAAUCAGACCCAGUCACGCCCCAAGAUCUGCCGCCCAUAUGUGGUUUGCACGUCCUGCGGCGCCUGGCAGUACACUUCCAAGGCCAAGAAGAAAGUCUGGUGCAAGUGCGGAGAACCCUUCCACAUUCCCGACGCUGGCGACAAAAGCACCCAGGCCAGUCAGGUGAGCGAGAAGGGCGCGCCGCAGCAGGACCAGGAUAUGAAGUCCAUCCUCACAGCGAUCCUUGGGGUGCUCAGUGACGCCCAGAAGCAAGAGCUCGGGCCCGCAGCCCAGUCAGCAGCAGCGUUCGUCACGGAGAAGAAGCCCGCCCCCGCCGUGGCCGCGGUGGCAGCGCUCCAGCGAGUGCGGCAGCACGAGAAGAAAGUCACAGAGCUUGGUAUCCACGUGCAGGAGUUAGAGACCCAGCUCCAGGCCGCCAAGGACGACCGUGCCAAGGUAACCAUGGAGUUACAGGAGGCGCGGCAGCAGUUCGAGGCGGUCAGCCAGCAGGCCACAGCCCAGUGGGGCACCGCCACCGCGGCCGAGGACGCCAUGGAGGAGGACCAGGAGGCGAAGCCCAAGGAGGCCCCCGCGGCCGAGCAGCCCAAGGCCAGCGUCCCCGAGCUGCCGCCAGGGCUGCGUGCCGCCGUCAGCGGCCUGCAGGGGGAGGACGCCGAGCAGGCCCAGGCUUUCGUGCAGCAGCUCGAGGCGGCGACCAAGGCGGGGAAGGCUCCACCGCCGAAGCGGCCACCGCCCAAGCGCCAGGGCGCCGCUGGCGGUCUCGUCAUCAGCCAGUCGGAUGACAUCUUUAGCCUCAGCGACAGCAGUGAGAGUGACCUUGUCAAUUUUGACCCGUCCGUUGCCAGUGUCAGUGCCAUGGGAGAUGCAGGGAAGGAGCUCAUGGAGGGGGGCCUCUGGGUGAAGACCAUAGGUGGGGUCCCCAUCGAGCCGAAGGUAGACUCCACCUGCAACGGGCGGGUGAUUGACUUUUACGUGGUGUUUGAGAAGCUAGGUGCGGCCCCGUGGCCGUGGGACGAGCUCCAGGUCUUGGCACUCCAGAAGUUCCCCAAGGCUCCAGAGGUCCUUCAUCCUGUCGCACCAGAGCAUGUCGACGAGACCCUCACUCAUAGGCUCCAGAGGCUUAUCGAGGCUACCGUCGUCAACCUAAAUUGGGACUCUAACCUCGCGGAUGACCAGCAGUGGGCGCUCUGGCACAGCCUGAAGGAGAGGUCCAGCGAGCCUUUCCCUUUGCACGACCUGCUAGAGCAGCAAGUGCAGUUUUACGAGACCCGCGCGCUGAAGCAGGCCCAGGACGGUUUUGCGGACUGGUUGGAGACCAGCAUCAAGCGAGGGGGUGGAGCCGCCCACGCCUUCACCAGAGAGAUGGAAGUAGAGGUCAACCCCGAAGAGGCAGACAACCUGGUCCUGGAAGAAGAGGCCCUGGACCCCGCCAUCUUUCAUCGCAUCAAUCUUCUCGAGAUGUGGUUCGAGCUGGUGGAGAGCCAGCCGCGCCUCAGGAAUGGGAUUGAGCUCGCCUGGCCCAAGGUGGUCACCAAGCUCCAGCGGCCCAGGCGGUGGAACAAUGUUGUCAGCCAUCUCAGCGCGGUGGAUGGAGUCGACAUCAAGAGCUCAUGGUGGCAGAUCGAGCGGAUGUAUCGCGACGGGCAGAAGAACCUCGCGAAGGCGCUCAAGGCAGUCGGCGCCUGUUCAGCCUGGAGCCCCAGGAGACGUUUCGAGGCGGGCCUGGCAGAUGACUCGGUGUGCCCGUUGUGUGGAUACCAUCACUGCGAUGACUAUCACAAGUUCUGGGGGUGUCCGCUCCUGUUCCAGGCCGACCACCCCCUCAUUCCGGCAACAGAGGACCUGGUGGACACCGCUCAAGGGGACGACCAGCCAGCAUGUCUGUGGCUCCGAGGGCUCAUUCCAGCAGCUCGCACGGGCCAGGUUCAGUUUCUGAAAGUAAAGAGUCAUGCCGCGGACCCUGAGGUCCGCGCCCGUUUUCCAGCUUGGGCCCUGUAUGUGAAUGAACAGGCCGACGAAUUCGCUGGACAGGCUGCCGCCUCUGCCGCCGUGCCCCAGGACCUGGUCGACAGAGUGCUGGCUUUAGACACACUCGCAGAACAGGUCCGAGGGCGAUUGGCGGCCGUCCAGAUGAUGUGGUGGACCCACUACCCAGUGGAGGAAGCUCCCGCCGAGACUAAGAGGGCUCAGCGCAAGGAGCGGAGUGACAAUGCCUUCCAGCACCUGCUAGAGGUGACAGCCCACUGGCCCCAGGUCCGUGGCGACCAAGUUUCAUGCUCCAGGUGUGGCAGGCAGACCCACAGGAGGUGCUGCGCCCGCUGGCUCAGGCCCGCGGCGGGAGCGAAGGAGCCCACCAGAGCCGCCCUCCCCGCCGCUGGAGCCGCGGCGCCCCGCGCGGGCCGCCGACCUGGCGGGCUGGCGGGCAACCUGCUGCGCAGGGCGAUGCGCGACGCGGAGAAGUCCGUGGUCGACACGACCGGGGAGGAGGAGAAGCCCGCCGCGCCGCGCCCCAGCGAGGACGCGCUCGAGUGGCAGCCCUCGGACCGGCCCGGCCCCGCCGAGCGGCUGCGGCGCCCGCCGGCGAAGCUGCUGCCCCGCAAGUCCGUCUCGCCCGCGUCGCCAGCCCGGAGCAGAAGCGUCCCAGCCCGGGCAUCCAAGCAGAAGCUGAUGACGCCGCCGCAGCCUCCUAGGAGGUGGGGCUCUCCAGAUCGAUCCAGCGGAUCCUCUGACUCCGCGCCAGACGAGGUCGCGCCAGCCCCGCACCGGACCGCUGUGCACGAGCAGGUGACGCCCGUCCGGCGCGCCCACACCGCGGUGGCCGCGGUCGCCGCGGCGGCGGCGUCCGUGUCCCGGGGGCUGGCCGCACCGCCGCCCCCGCGGGCCGCAGGCCCGCGACUCAGUCGGGGGCGAAGCAGGUCUCCGGGUGCCGUGUGGGCCAUCUCCCCGGACUCUCCGGACGAGCCCCGGGCCGAAGUCUCGGGCUCCAUCUCCAGGUGGCACUUCCAGGUGGCCGUGGACCUCGUCGUUGUUUGUGUUCGCCCUGGCCAGAUGCCGAGCACCGCCCGCAACCUCGCAGCCCUGAGGUCGGCCCCUGGUGCUGCCGGAGGGGGCUCCGGGUGCUUCAGUCGGCCGGCCGUGGGCUCCACGGAGCACCUGGACAGCUCCGAGGUCCGCGUCCUGCGGGAGGGCGAGAUCGUGGAGAGCGUGGGGCCACCCUUCACCUUGCCAAACGGUGUCGUCCGGCUGGAGAUCGCCCACCCGUCCAGCGCCGCGUACCCGAACCCGAUCGGCUGGGUGACCCAGGACUCGGGGCCCGCUGGCGCCGGACGCUGUCUCGAGCCUGGCCCGCAGCCCGUCCAGGCGACCAUGCGCGCUGGCCGGCCGCCACACGGCGGCGGCUGGAGGCCGCGGCCCGCGUUCAGGCCCCCCAGGCCUCGCGGCGCCACCUUCACGAACAUCACGUGGAGGCCGUCCAUGUAG